AUGAAACUAUCCAAUUCAGUAGCUGCAACAGAAACAUCAGUUAAUGCAAAUGGGGUUUCGACCGGCGGUCCUUUCCCUCUAAGGCUUCCAAUGCAUCCAGCUCUGAUGAGCAAUGUAAAAGCAGAAGACGAAGGCUGCAUAAAUGACAUGAUUCUUCAGCAAAGUGAAAGCCUACAGCAAAUUUUUAUGCAAACUCAGCGAUUGAUGGCAGAAGUAGACCAAGUGUCCGACCACCUAAAAACCAUGAAUAAGACUUCCCAAACACAAAAAAGUAUAGACGAAAGAGCCAGAGAAAUUUCGGUCAUGAAAGAUCUGAAAGCUCUUUAUGAAAGCCCGAAUUCGCCAUUUUCAAUAAAACUAUCCUACCCGAUAGGUCAAAUUUUUUACAAGAAUAAGCCAUUCCAAUUAAAACUUAGAAUUUCUGAAAAGUCUGGGGAGGAAAUUGGAAGAGUGAGUCUAGUUGUUAAAGUCUUUGCCUAUGAAAGCCCAAUUAAAGAAAUCGUUCACUCUUACAAGGGUGAAGCGAUAUUGAUAAACGGAAGGGCAAAAGAAGUGGAUGGCCAUGAAAUUAUCAAAUUCAAAAGAAUUUGCUUCACAGAAGUCUCAAAAAAAUACCCCAGUGAAAAAUUUAUAUUAGUAGUUCUAGCACUUGGGAGAAAUGAUAUUGCGCCAUUAAUUAUUGAUGGGAUACAAGUAAAAUCUCGAUCACCUAGAGCAUAA